AUGAGGAGCGGCUGGCCGCCGAUUAAGAUGAAGCGUUUUCCGUACGCCGUGUACUGCGCGUUCGGUGGCAUGGGCCGCACCGGGGAGAACCUCCUCGCCGCUUGCGUCGGGAUCCACUAUCUGCUUAUCAUGGUCAAUCUCCUCUCCUUCUACACAGACGGUGUUGCUGCUCUCCUUGUUCAAGGCUUUGUGAUGAAAGGAACAAUGGGAAGGACCAGCGUGCUGAAAAGAUUUUGCUUUCUCUUGCCCUUACCUGCCGAAGGAAAUAUAGAAGAUAAAUGGUGGCAAACAUCAGUGGAAGCACAUCACUUGAUGGCCUGA